ACGAGCUUAAGCAAAACAGAGGAGAGUCUCUGCCUGUCUCAUAUAUAUAUUAUAUAUACGCGCGCGCGCACGAUCUCUGCGGAAACAGAGACGUUUGCUUCUUUUCAAGCAGGAGAAGGAGAAGCUGAUCAUUCCCAUCUCCUUAAGGAGCUCUCUAUACAGGAAUGGAGGAACAGUUUAUACUAAGAGUUCCACCUUCUAUUGCGGAGAAAUUGGAUCGCCUUUUGAGUGAAACUGCUUCUUCUUCUGAGGAGCAAUCUUUGGAUUUGUCUUUUUCAGAGGAUGGAAGGAGUGGCACAUUUGUCAUUGGUGAUGAACAUUUCCCUGCAUCUCUCUUGGAUCUUCCUUGUGCUGUAGAGUCCUACAAAACAUAUGAUGAUUGUGCACUAGUAAAAACUUCAGACAUUGGUCAGAUGCUCAUGGUUAGAGAAGCUGGUGACACUGCUCCAGAUGUGGUGGAGUACAGACAUGGGCUCACUCCUCCUAUGAGGGAUGCUCGAAAGCGAAGAUUUCGCAGGGAGCCAGACCUCAAUCCUGAGCUUGUACAGCGUGUUGAGAAAGAUCUUCUAAACAUCAUGGCAGGGGGCACAGUCGAAAAUGCUGAUGCUGAAGCUAAUGAGCAAGAGGAAGAAGGUGAUCAGAAUGCUCACAAAGCAAAUAAGAAACCUGAGCCUGCUCCUGAAGCAAAGCCUGAUGUGCCAGAAACAACAGCUAACGCAGAGGAGCCUGAGAGAAGUGAUUCAGAUGAUUCUGAUGAUUCAAUAUAAUGAGAUUUCCAAUGAGUUUAACUAAUCCAGCUUGUAUGUUAAUCUAUGUAUGCAUAUGGCAUGCAAUGUAUUAGCCUUCAAUUAUCUCCUUUAUUAUAUACUUCUUGCUUAGGCACUUGACGAUUGCCUGUACAUUUUUGUAGUUUCUUUUAUUAAUAUCGAAAUACGGAAUGAUUGCUGCACAAA